UGGUUUGUUUUUUUUUUUUUUUUUGUUUUUUUUUCCGGGAUUUCGGCUCCUCCCGUAGCUCAGAAAAUCCCGGGAUUUGCGGCGCAGCAGGGAACGGGAUGAAAUUCCAAGGAUUUCUUCAACCCGGCGAAUUGAAUUUUGGUUUUUUAUUGCGGUUUUUGUUUUGAUCGAAACAAAAAUCCGCGAUCCAGAGAAUUCCUGCAAUGUCCGCCCUGGAACCGGGAACGACUUAAAGGCAACGCCGCCCUUGGCUUUUCUUCGCUAAAUUAUUAAUUAGGAAAUUAAAAAAUAAUUUAAAAAAGGUUUUUUUUUGGUGGGGGAAAUUCCGGUAAAGACUGAGAGCGCUCCAGGCAUCGCUGGAACUUUGGGGAUUUUUUAUUUUUAUUUUUUUGAGGGGGGGAGAUUGAUUGGAAAGGAAAAUCAAAGAGGAGGAAAAAAAAAGGGAUCGGAGAUCGCUGAGAGCGCCCGGAGCUGCCGGCGGGCACGGCUGAGGUGCCCAUGGCGGGUCGGAAGCGCGGCGCAGGCGCUGGCAGUGCCCACGGUGGCACGGGUGGCACGGGUGCCGCGGUGCCGUGGCCGGAGGAGCCGGGCGAGCGCGAGCAGGGCCUGUACUCGCUGCACCGCAUGUUCGACAUCGUGGGCGCGCAGCUGACGCACCGCGACGUGCGCGUGCUCUCCUUCCUCUUCGUGGACGUGCUGGACGAGGCCGAGCGCGGCCGCAUCCGCUCGGGCCGCGACUUCCUGCUGGCCCUGGAGCGCCAGGGCCGCUGCGACGAGAGCAACCUGCGGCAGCUGCUGCAGCUGCUGCGCAUCAUCACCCGCCACGACCUGCUGCCCUACGUCAGCCUCAAGCGGCGGCGCCCCGUGUGCCCAGACCUGGUGGACAAGUACCUGGAGGAGACGUCCAUCCGUUACGUCACCCCCCGCGCGCCCGGGGGGGCCCCGCCCGGCCUGGGGCACCCCCACAAAUCAGUGCCUGCCCCCCACCCGUCCCUGUGCUGCCCCCCGGGGGGGCCCCAGCUGGGCCCCAAGCGCCCGGGCCGGGCCCGGAGCCUCCUCGGGAACCAACGGAAACGGAGAAAGUCAGCGACGCCCGACCCCAAGGAGAAACAGACCUGCGACAUCCGCCUGCGCGUGCGCGCCGAGUACUGCCAGCACGACUCCGCCCUGCACGGCAACGUCUUCUCCAACAAGCAGGACCCUCUGGAGCGCCAAUUCGAGCGCUUCAACCAGGCCAACACCAUCCUGAAAUCGCGCGAUUUGGGCUCCAUCAUCUGCGACAUCAAAUUCUCGGAGCUCACCUACCUCGACGCCUUCUGGCGGGAUUACAUCAACGGCUCCCUGCUGGAGGCCCUCAAGGGCGUUUUCAUCACGGACUCGCUCAAACAGGCCGUGGGCCACGAGGCCAUCAAGCUGCUGGUCAACGUGGACGAGGAGGAUUACGAGUUGGGUCGCCAGAAACUCCUCAGGAACUUGAUGCUCCUCAUCGCUUCCUUGAGGGAUUUAACUCCCCAGCUCUGCAUUUGA